AUGUUGGAAGUGCUGCUCCCCGUUCUGCUGGUGGCUUCUGCCUCCGGGUGCGGCCGGCCCGUCUACUCCUCCAAUGCCCGGGUGGUGAACGGCGAGGACGCCAUCCCCUACAGCUGGCCUUGGCAGAUCUCCCUGCAGUAUGAGAAGGACGGUGAAUUCCGCCACACCUGCGGGGGGUCCCUCAUCGCCCCCAACUGGGUCAUGACUGCUGCCCACUGCAUCUCCAAAUCCCGCACCUACCAAGUGGUGCUGGGUGAAUACGAUAUGAGCGAGGCCGAAGGCACCGAGCAACGCAUCCCUGUGAACACCGGCGACAUCUUCGUGCAUCCCCGCUGGCUCUCCAUCUGCGCCGCCUGCGGCAACGACAUCGCCCUGAUGAAGCUGUCCCGCAGCGCGGAGCUGAGCGACCGGGUGCAGCUGGCCUGCCUCCCCCCUGCCAACGAAAUCCUGCCCAACGAGUACCCCUGCUACAUCAGCGGAUGGGGGCGCCUCUACACCAACGGGCCCCUGCCCUCCAAGCUGCAGCAGGCCGUGCUGCCCGUGGUGGACCAGGAGCACUGCAACCAGAAGGACUGGUGGGGAGGCGUCAUCCGCAGCGAGAUGGUCUGUGCUGGCGGGGACAUCCGAGCUGGGUGCAAUGGCGACUCGGGCGGCCCCCUGAACUGCCAGGCCACCGACGGGAGGUGGGAAGUCCACGGCAUCGCCAGCUUCGUCUCCAGUCUGGGCUGCAACGCCUUGAAGAAGCCCACCGUCUUCACCCGCGUCUCAGCCUUCGAGGGCUGGAUUCAGCAGGUGAGAGGGCUUCACUGCAAGGCCCCGGAGAGCUGGUCUGGUGGCAGCAAGCAUGACUUGUCCCCUUAGCUAAGCAGGGCCUUGGCUUGCUGCAAAUGAUUUCAUCCCCCAGGAUG